UAUUUCAUUGAAAGAUUAAAAGUGUACGCAUGAAUGUAAGGGCCCAAAGUAAGACGCCCCUAGUAUAGGUUGAAUAGUACGUUCCUGCACAACGGAGCCCGCGAGGGCUGGUGAGAAGAAGAGAGAUAUACUAAUGAUCAGAAUUGAUAAAAGAGUGACAGAGAUAGCGAGGGCGAGAGAGGAACGCGAGGGCCGAGGCACACCAUCGAGUAUCAACCAGCUGGUUGGCAAGGCAGCCGCGAGCAGUCGCCAGUGAGACGCGGUACCCCGCGAGGGCUUUCGUCGUUUGUUCGUUCGUCUAUACGUGUGUCUAUAUGUCCGUCAUCUCCCUUCCGCUUAAACCUAUCGUGGUCGUGCGUACGUUCAUUCGUUCGUCCGGUCCGUGUGUGGUGCGUCUCCCUUCGCUUGCUUUCAACGACACUUGCCACCGGUCGCGACUAUCGUCUCUGUGUCAAAGUACAUCUCUGUCUUACUCUAUCUCUCUCUCCUCGUUUCUCUUGGCGUGCCCAACUGAAAAGACAAGAUGGCUGCCGACUCAGGAAUGGAGACGUGUCCCUCCCCGGAGAUUGCAGACUCCAGGAAGCGGCCGCUGGAUUGUGACGCGGAAAAUGGCGCGACGAAGAGGUCUCAUUACGGAUCAGGGGGAGAUGGAACAUAUCACCUCAAAGUAUUGGUCCCUGGAGUGGCUGCUGGGGCAAUCAUUGGAAAAGGAGGAGAUACAAUUGCCCAAUUACAAAAAGAUACAGGAGCUAGGGUCAAAAUGUCUAAAUCCCAUGAUUUUUAUCCAGGAACAACAGAGAGAGUAUGUUUAAUUACGGGCAGUUUAGAAGCUAUAAUGGCAGUUAUGGAUUUCAUUAUGGAUAAAAUUCGUGAAAAACCAGAUCUUACGUUGAAAACAACAGUAGAUUUUGAAUCAGGAAAAACUACUGCAGAAAGAGAUAAACAGGUAAAAAUUUUAGUGCCUAAUAGCACUGCAGGAAUGAUAAUAGGUAAAGCAGGAAAUUAUAUUAAACAAAUAAAAGAAGAAUGUGGCUCAUAUGUUCAAAUAAGUCAGAAAGCAAAAGAUGUAUCUUUACAAGAAAGGUGUAUAACAGUAAUUGGAGAAAAAGAAAAUAAUCGUAAUGCAUUAAUGAUGAUAUUAGCAAAAGUGGCAGAUGAUCCACAUAGUGGUACAUGUCCAAAUGUUAGUUAUGCAGAUGUUAGUGGUCCUGUAGCUAAUUAUAAUCCUACAGGUAGUCCUUAUGCUCAAGCACCUACAAGUACUCCUACAUACACCUCUACAGCUGGCAUUAAUACAGUGAGUCUCUUGAAUGGUGCUGGGUUAAGUUUGAACUUAAAUUUAGGAGCUGCUAUUACAGCGGGUACAGCACCAGUGACAACGCAAUUAUUGGAACAUAUAAAAUUAAAUUUACGAACGGCAGGUUUUUCCGAACCUGCUGCUAGUGAAAUUUUAUCUGCUAUUGCUACACUUGCUAAAUAUAAUCUUCUUGGAAUGGGAAUUGGAAUGCCUUCUAGUAUGAGUUAUCUUGGAAAUCCUAUGGACAGCACUACAACUGCAAAUGGUUCGAAUAAUAAUGGUGGUGUAUUUGGGCCAAUUGGAACAGUUCCUACUCUUGGAUCUACGUCUCCUACACCACGUAAUACACUUGACAGAUACGAGCCCUUUGAUCCAUUCAGACAAAACAACACAGCUGCCAGUGCUAUUCAUCUAAACAACAAUUCAUUUGGCCUUGGCACUAACCAGUUAUCACUUGUAAGUAAGAGUCCUACACAGGUAGACGCCAACAACAAGGAGACCAAGAAAGUAGACAUAGAAAUUGCAGAGGUUAUAGUGGGAGCUAUUCUGGGACCCGGUGGUCGUGCCCUCAUUGAGAUUCAGCACCUAAGUGGCGCCAACAUACAAAUCUCUAAGAAGGGCAUGUUCGCUCCUGGUACCAGGAACCGCAUAGUGACUAUCACGGGUUAUCCUAAUGCAAUUGGCACUGCUCAAUAUUUAAUUGAGCAAAGGAUCAGUGAAGAGGAAGCAAAACGAGCACGUCAGAAUGCCCUCGCCAAUAUGAUCCAUUGAUUUCAAGGAAAAUAACUCGGUGAUGUAAAGAUUCAUCAAGGCAAGGAAGAUGGAUGCGUUUUAUUCGCAAUGAUAAAUGACGAUGUCGAUGUUGAAAUGUGCAUUUCUAUCAGAAUCAAAUGUCAUAAUAUCAAUUUUCCAAUGUUAACACUUGGAACAUUUGAAAAAAAAAAAGAAAAAAAACAACUCUCCUUGCAUCAGCGGUAAGAAAAUUAAACGAUAAUGUGUUAAAAGCUAAUAGAGAUAAACCAAUCUAAUAUAAGUACUAUAUUUCCUUUAGCAAUUAAUAUGCAUCUAUACAAUAUUACUAUUUUAUAAAUAUUAAUGUUAUGGGGCUAUGUGUACUGGUUCGUAUGUGUUCAAUGGUUAGAGGAUGUAUAACGCAAUAGGAUAAAAUUAAAUUAUUCGAAACAUUGAAUCGUGAUUACGAUUGAUGCAAAAAUUUCUAUAAAAAAAACGUCCAACGAGAAAAAGGAUCGAUCGUAUAUACGUUUAUUCUGAUUGCUUCAAUGUUGACAGAUACCUUUAUAGAGUUUACUUGUUAUUAUUGUGUUAAAUUUUAUUGUCGCAUGUUGGACGAUUGUUGUCUGAAAGAAAAGAUAUGCAAAUACCUCCAUAUAAAGUGGCAAAACAGUAUUGGUUGGCCAGUCUGUGUUACCUACGAGUUGUUUAACAAGAGGAAGAAUCGUUAAACAAUUUAAUGCCGGCAGUCGCCACAUAUUUAGAAGAAUCUUAUUUCAUAUGACGCUUUGUUUUGUACAGUUCGAGAUAUUUCAUUCGAUCAUUCUUCUAAAAAGGGUAUAAACACGGCGCGAAAGAAUGGUCAUUGCGCGCCAUGGAUAGUUGUACACGAUUACUAAGUAUAGAUGUGUAGGUAGUGUCUUAAAUCUCUUGUAAAAGUCGUCAUUACAGGUUCAACGUUUUAAAUCAAUAAUCGAUCGAUUUAAAAGAAAAAAAAAAAAAAAAAAAAAAAAAAAAAANAAAAAAAAAAAAAAAAAAAAAAUAAAAAAUAUAUAAUUAUACUCUCGCACGUGGAGACGUAGUGUAGUAAUCAGGGAAACUGUAGGAAUUGCAUUGACUCGCCUCAAUUCUAAUAUGAACUAUUGUUACAGUAACUAUAAUUGAAUUUGACACACGUUGCCACAAUAGAGUGGCUUGCGUGUCACGUUACUUGGCUGUGUGUGCUAGGCUACAUCGUAAUUCAUGUUCCAUCAUCCAUCACUCCACUCGCACAGACUCCAUUUACCUGUAUAGAAUGCAAAUAAAGGGGAAGGGAUAAUAAAAAGGGAAAAAAAAAUGUAACGAUGAUUUAUCAUUAAUUACGUUCAUUAUAUAAUAUAUAUAUAUAUAUAUAUAUAUUGAACAAAAUAAUGAAAAAAAGAAAAAAAGAUCGAUAUAUACAUAUUUGAUAACAGAGAAAGUGAAAAAAAUGAAAAAAAUUUCUUCGCAUGACAUUCACAUACUCCACCCAAUCACUUUAGUGCCAUAUUGAUAUCCCAUCAGCCACACUUGUUGACGUUUUGACGGUAGAACGUGUUGUUAAAGAUGUGUAUAUUCUGCGAUUAUGCAGGCUGUUUUGAAUAAAGUCGGAAUACGUUUA